ACAAAAAAAAUCUAUUUAAGAAAAUAGGAAUUAAUCUGAAAAAAUAAACGAAGUAGCAGAGAUGGCGUGCAUGACGGUAUUACGUUCCGUUCCUGUAACGGAGCCGUGGAGGCCACUUCAAAGAAACGGGAAUUCCCAUUCUGUCAAAACGUUGAGGAGCUUUGAAAUAUCUACGGCGAAGAGAGGAUGCCGGGGGGCGGUGGUUAGGGUUCGAAACCUUCACUUCUGGAAACGGACUCAGAAACUGAAUUGCUCUGAUAAUGAAACGUCGCCGUCGUCGACAUCCGAGGAGGAUGACCUCGAGCAAGGCCCUCCUCAGGAAGCCGUUCUCAAAGCAAUUUCAGAGGUAUCAAAGACAGAAGGGAGAGUUGGGCAAACUACAAAUGUGGUUAUUGGUGGUACUGUAGCCGAUGAUUCAACUAACGAAUGGCUUGCUUUGGAUCAGAAGGUCAACUCAUACCCUACUGUUAGAGGAUUUACAGCAAUUGGAACAGGUGGCGAUGAUUUUGUGCAAGCUAUGAUUGUUGCUGUGGAAUCUGUGAUACAACAGCCGAUUCCUGAGGGUCGGGUGAGGCAGAAGUUAUCAUCUAGGGGGAAAUAUGUAUCUGUCAACAUUGGUCCUGUUCAAGUUGUAUCUAGUGAACAGGUUCAAGCCGUGUACAAUGCCAUGAAGAGAGAUGAUCGGAUGAAAUACUUUUUAUAAUGUGAUAUGAUCCUCAUUCUUGUUUUGAGUUGAAUGUGAUCAUGUAGAGGAGGUAUCUUCAUCCUGGUUGGUUUGUCUCUUUAACCAAAAGGCAUUCUGAUGGUUUUAUUUUAUGUUGUAUUAUUUGUAUAUGAUAGUUUAUUUACUAAUCAUCAUUGAGGCCUUGACAUAA